CACGCGCCCCGAGAACUUCACCGCGCGUAUAUCUCGUGCCUUCUUCUGCCGUUUGUGUCCCACGUCAAGUAUCACGCGAGAAGCACUGCAUGCAAUCGAAACCCCCUCUUCGAAAGCCAUGGCUGUCUGGGACAAGAAGGAAGGCCUGAGCCCGCAGCAGCACCAACAGCAGGCGGCGCCGGCCUUUCGGUUGCCUUCGGCGUCAGACGCGGUCGCGAUCCCCGAGGCUCAGCAACCACCGUCAGCGGGCGUAGACGCGGAGGACACCAAGCCCUCGGCGGCCGCAGGUAUGCCUUGCAAGGGGGAUAGCAAGCAGGAGCUCGACGCGAGUCCUCGCCGAACGGUUCGUUUCCCGCAUCAACCGAUCUCGGCCAUCUGGGUAGCGGACUCCGUCCUUGACUACAACAGGAGGAGCAUCGUCGUCGACCUCAGCAAGACGCCGUUCGCCCUCUUCCGGAGGGACGCGGUCAUGAUGAAGCAGGCCAGGACCUCGGUCGAUCCCUCGGCGCCGCUCCCCCCGCCCGGCCCUCCAGCGCUCUCUCCUCCCCGGUUACGCGCCGCCGCCGCUGCUUGCCCUGCUCCUUUUCCGGCUCCCCCUGGAAGGUCCCCUGUGGGCUCAUCCGAUGCUGCUGCGGACUCCGAUGCGUCACCAUCCCCGCCUUCCGCCGAGCGCCGCCGCCCGGGCGGCGACAGGCUCGCCAAGCUGUGGGAGUCCGAGUCCAGCGAGAGCUCGGAGGGGCACACCGAUCUCGAGACGGACGACACGGAGACAGAUUGGCACUCGGAUGCCGAUGACUGCUGCAGCGUCGGCUCCGGGACGGAGGAGGCUCCGCCCUGCGUGGUCGAGCAGCAACAGCUCAGGCGCGGGAGCAACUCGGAAGCGGGCAGCCCGGCCUUCUAUGGCGUCUGGAAGCGGACGAGCUCGGAAGGGUACGAGGAGCUCCUUCUGAGCUCGGGCGUCCCGAAGCGGGCUGUGGCGAUGGCCAUGAAGAAGCACCCGGUGCAUAUCAUCGAUCACGACGGGAGCUACUUCAGAUUGAUCGUCAAGAACGGGCUAUCCAAAGUGGACAACACUUUUUUCAUCGGAGACGAGCCGAAGCAGGAUAUAAUCGGCAAGCAGAGCUACGAGGUCUCGAUGAACUGGGCGCAUCUUUCCGGGCACGGUCGCGAAGACGAGCUAGCGCUGACCAGCAUCUGCCACCAGGCGGGCGAAGAGGUCAUCGCGAUCCGAUCUCUGCACGAAGGGGGGGACCAGAUGGUGUUGACCCAGAUCGUGCGCCGCCCCGCGGAGGGGUACGAGGUCCGCGCCAAGCAUUUCUUCAAGCGGGUCACGAGCAAAUCGGAGCUUAGGUCCGGUGGCAAGCAGCAGCACAAGCAGCAGAAGGGCCUGUCGUCGACCAUAGUGACUGUGCGAAGGAAAAAGUGAGAAAAGAUUCUAGCCAGACCAAGAAAAUUACCCUCCCCCGAAACGUUUCUUGAAGAGGCGGGGAGGGGGGGGGGCAGAGGGGCAGAGGGGCAUGUGUUUUUUCUGAUCUCACCAAAUGUAUUGGGUCGAUCGGCCCGAUAUGUUUUCUACUUCGCAAGUUUGACCUCAAGGCUGUUAUCAACAAAGUGGCGUUGCGGAUGUAAUUGUGCAUGAUUUCCCACCGUCUACGAUAGUUACGAUAGAUGUGUUGUGCACGGUGUGUGGUGGCGACCUGUGAUGCUUAUUUCCCAGUCCCAGUGUAGGCCCCCCUGACGCGUACCGUGCGGGGUGCCUUUUUCUUUGCCUUUUCUUCGGGUGCGUCUGUUAUGCCGAUGGUGCCCGUCCGUCGCGACCAGCCGGGUCAACAUAUUGUUGCUGAUAUUGUGGUGUGACUCGGUGCUGGGGGCGGGGUCCUGACGGUGCGCGUGUUUCCCCCGGUUUGAGCGAGACAUGUUAAAUCAUCGCAGCAGCGUAUGCAGCGCUGAAAAUAAAUUUUCCCAGGCGUGUUUGUAAAUUACCGCAGUGCAGUUCGGCGGUGCCGUCGAACUCGUUGUUAUAGAGGAGGUGUGGGUUCGUCUUUUGGUGACUGUUACCAAGUCGUGAGGUGUAUCACUACGUUUUUCAGUGCUAAGGGCAUGUAGUGUGUCCAGGACUUUUCUUUUUUUCUUUCAUGUGUCCCCCGAGGCGGCAGCCGAACUGGUCCAACACGUGGUCGUAGGGUUGACUGUUGUUCCAUGGCUGUUUCGGGGUUUACAUGUAGGAGAAGAUAAACCUUUAGCGCCGCCACUCGUGGUGGCGACGGUCAAACUUAAGUGCAGCUCCGUUGCGCUGUCGAUGGAGGGGUCGGGGGACGUUGUGUGAAUAGUGGAGGUUGGUGGGCCCGACUCUUGACUCUUGGUGUUGCAUGACGUCAAAACGGGCGUGACACCGCGCCCAGCUGCGGUGCUGCCUCUUUCCCCCGUCUGCAUCACUUUUCCCGCACAGUCGGUUCGUCAUGGACAGUUUGUGGUGUUUGGCCUUUUGAGACAGGAGAGAGUCGCGGGGUUCUCCAUUUCUCGGUCAAGUGUGGUUUAGGUGAAAAGACUGCUUUCUGUUUUUUGCUGAAAACUUUUGUCGACAACAUCAUACUUCAUCGGAAUUUUCAGAAAUUUUGAAUCUUUGACCUGUUUUGAGCUUGUAGGAUAUUCCCUUGGGAAUUUUGUAUGCUUCCGAUUUGCUGCAUUUUUGGUUUGUCUCGCAUGAUGAUGAUUUUCUCUCUGUUUUUCUCUUUUUCUUUUU